UAUUAUCUUCCCACCUGAAAUAAAUAUUCACAAAAAAAACCAGUUACUUUUCCUCAUAUAGCGUUCAGUUUUCCACAAAAGACUGAAGAUACUUGACCUAUACAGUGUAUUGUGUUGUGAAAAUUUCUCAAGGACUGUGACUUAUUCUUUACUUGUGUAUUUGCCAUCUAUUCAACACUGUGAAGGUUCACUCUCAAUUUUCUUCUUGCAACAACGACAUUCAAAACACUCAGUUUAAGUGAAUAAGAUCUAGUUCUGAAAUCUAUCGAAACGGAUCUAUAUUUGCUCAAGUUCUUCAAUGCAUUUGCGGUGGAUUGUUGAGAUAUUUUAGUGUGAUUGAGACUGGUUUUUGCAUAAAGAACGAUAUGGAAGCUGCUUGGAGAUUUCGAAUAAUGCUGCUAAUGGCAUUUGCUGUGAUUCUUUUUGGAGAUUUUCUAGGAUAUGGUAGUGUCAAAAGUGAUCGAGCCCCCACUAGAAAUCCAUCCAAUCUCAGGGAUGACGAUGCAGAUUUACACAUUGUUGAUGGAACAGCUCUCAACAUCCUGGAAAGCUCCCCUGAGACCCAUACAGCUGCCACGUAUCAGAUCUCAAAGAGGAAACUGACUCAAACCCUCAGAGAAUCCUGUUUGCCCAAGAUGCUGUGUGAGAUGGCAGCAAGGCCCAGUUACAAUUUGAGCGACAGGGAGCGUGAUCUCCUGACUCUGAUAAAAUCAACAACACUCACCCUGGCCAUGGCCGUAGCCCCAACUCGAUGGCAUUUUGCUGCUCAUAUGGGCCAACUUCUGAGAUCUGGAGAUUCUCUCUCGGGCACCAUUGGGUGCUCUCAACUCUGGCCACAGUGUCCAUUUAGUUCGCAGAAACUGAUGCAAUUGAGCUCAAAAGUGUCACUCAAAUAGAUGCCAAUAUCGAAUUAAUUUUACGAAACUCUUGUGAUCUUGUAUGAAUAAUGAAUGAUCUAGUCUUAUGAGGAAACUUUCAUUCAUGCAAAUUUGUUGAUAUAUUUUGACGAUAUUUUUGUUACUUUUAGAAGUGGAUUUAACUUAGGAUGUAAUAUUUUGUAAUGGAUACUUUUGUUACACAAUAAGACGGCUCAAUAAAUUGUGUUAUUGUACUUUA